AUGUCCUCCUCCAGGAAGCGUGGACGACAGGAGAUGGAAGCUACUGAGGUUCCAAAAGAACCAAGUAUGAUUGAUCGUCUUCGGAAUAUGUGGGAGUUUGCAAAUCUUGCGCAAUGGAUUUUCAUCUUUGGCAGGACUGUCAAAAUUGAUGAGAAUAUUGGAAUCGAGGAACUUGAGAUGGAAUGUUCGAAAACACACUCAACUGUUCUGCCAGAGAUUGGCCUUGCUUUGUUGAAAUUUGUCUCAUCUCAUCGAGGGCUCACUCCUGAGAUUUUCGAUGAGUAUACAAGAAGACAAUAUGUUGCCAAAGCACCCGAGCGCAAUCCUUAUGGUACUGAGGAAGAACCCGCAAAUCCGGAUCGUAUUCGUGAGAGAAUGGAAGAGACUAAGGACACCGAGCAAACUUCUUGGCGCAUUGAACCUUGUGGAUGGGACUCGGAUGAUCGCGAAUACUUCGUCUUGGACGACAAUCGACUUUAUCGUCGUACUGAACCUUCACCACCUCCUCCACCCCCUCCUCCAGCUCCAACAUACAAAAAGAAUUCAAAGAAGGGUAAGGCGGCUGCAAGGGCAAGUAAACGAAGAAAGACAACAGACGCAGUCGAGAGUGAAGCCGAAGGACCAGCACAAGUUCCGGUAGAAGAGAAUAUUGACGAUGGGUUCGGAGGAGCAAAGUGGGAAUGCAUUGCUGUUUCGUUCGAAGAGUUCACCACAUUCGCGGCAUCAAUGGAGAAAACCCGCGAUCCAAAUGAGAAGAUUCUGCGAAAACGUAUUGUGGAUCAAGUCCUUCCGCUAUUAGAGAAGCAAGAAGAAGCUCGGAAACGCAAAGAAGCGCAAAAGCAACGCGAGUUGAUCAAUAUCGAAAAGCUGGCCACAGCAAAGAGAUCUAGCAGAAUUGCUGGUAAGAUGGAGCAACAAAAACAAGAAGAAGAGACCAGAGAGGCGGAACGCAAGAAGCAGCAGGAUCUAGCAAUGGCAAAGAAAGAACAACAGAAAUGGCUUAAGCUGGAGAAAGAAAGAGAAUCACGAAUGAUGACUAGGGAGCAGCGGGUAAAGGAGAGAGAAGCACGUCGCAUUAUCCAUGAGGAUGACUUGGCCAAUCUCUCUGAGGAUAGUAGAAAGGUUGGAUCGGGCGAAGGUCGUCUCUCGGAACGCCAUCUAAAGGCCGAAAUCGAAAGAAAGAAGCAGGCUCUCGAAGAACUUAAAGGUGAAGAGGAUUGGAUAUUCGAUUGCAUCUGCGGUGCUUAUGGUCAAAUCGAUGAUGGUACCCACAGUAUUGCUUGCGAGAAAUGCAAUAUUUGGCAACACAGCAAAUGCGUUGGCGUCAGUGAAGCAGAGGCUGAUCGCGAUGACUUUGAGUUUAUCUGCACUACCUGUCAACGUCGUGCCGAAGAUGCGGAAAGGGCUAAAACUCACCCACCAAUCAAGAUCAAACUCAAUCGGCUCGGCUCAUCAUCCUCCCCAAUGCCACCAAAACAAAAUGGCUUAUCGAUUCUGGGUGAUGGAGCUAUGCCAAAUGGUAGCCCAUCAGCAGUUCCAGCUUCACCACAGAAAGCUCUACCUCAAAUGCAUCUGUUCUCUACUACUAACGGCGCACAUAAGCCAGCACAUUCGCCGAAGGCAUCUUCAUCUCAAUCUCAAACCAAUACUGCUAGUCGACCUCCACCGAUCCUACCUCCAAAGUUCAAUAGAAAUGAGCGCGCAGGUUCUCCGGUUGGUAAAUCCGAUGUUAGAUCAUCCAUUGAAAUUCCCGUCGGAGAAAGUCCAUCUCUACCACGACACAACGGUCUAGCUAAUACUAAUCCUUUCUCAUCCCCCGCUCCUCACAGCCCAACUUCUCUUCCGCCUCCAAAGAACUUGACUACGAAUGGCUUUCGGUACAAUCAGUCUCCUUCUAAGCCUCAAAGUUCGCCAAUAUCAUCGCCAAUUCAGCAAAAUGCGGAUUUGCCCACUCUCAAAAAUAAUGGAGAUGUAUCAAUUCAACCCCUCAACGGCUUUCAUCGCGAGCACAAUGAUCGUCGUAGUUCAUUCAACUUUUCAUCACCACUUGCAGGCGUUCCGGUACUGACACCAUCUCAAAAAAACCAAUCGAUUCCAAGCUCAUCAUUCGAACAAAAUGGAAAUGCUACACCAAGUGGACAAGCCUCAAGAUUUAAUAUGAUGUCUGCAUCAUCUACAGGAUUAGAUCAAGAUCCACUUGAUCCAGGUCAUGCAUCGGCGUUACCCUCAUCAAUCAGUGGAAUAUCCCCUACAAAACAUUCUCCCGCGCGUCCAACAUCAAAUAGUUCAUCAACACCCACCAUUCUACCUCCCAUCGCUCCUCUAUCACCAAGUCCACGGUCACAAAACCUUACUCCACCAGUGAAGCCUUCGCAGCCCCAACCGAGUCAGAAUACUGCUCCUUGA